UGAUUUGCAAUUUCCAGUUGUUAAGCGUCGUUGAAACGAAAAGAAAAAAAAGAAACGGUCAUUUUUACACCGACAAAAUGCUUAUGGGAGCUGGGGGCUCGGGAGUUUCGGCAACAUUUCGUAAAUGUGUGUGUUCGCUAGUAUUUGCCUACUAGCUUUAAAACCUUGUGGGUAGAUGGCAGUGCAAAAGUAAAAUACAAUAAACGUCAAGUAUAUAAACAAAAAAGAGGUGUGACAAGUUUUUGAAAUUGAAUAAUAUUUUUUAAAUCGGGCAAUAAUUUUUAUUACAUAAGGAAUUACACAAUGUCACAAGAUAUCAUUCUAACUGGAAAUUUGGAUAUGCUCCACAGUUUAUAUGACUUCAAAGCUACGUAUGCCAAAACAUUGAGUUUCAGAAGUAAUGAGUACUUUUUGCUUCAACAAACUAACACUAAACACAAAAAUUGGUGGGAAGUCAUUAAUGAAAGAGGUGAUACGGGCUAUAUACCCUCUAAUUAUGUGGAAACAGUAACUGUAAACCCUUCGUUUUUCUUACAAUUCAUAGACAACUGUUUGGUAAACUUGAAAACACCUUCAGAAUGCUCAAUUCGUGAUAAAAGUGAUAUAAUAAAGAGGCUAAAAGAGUUGAGGAAACAAAUAGAGCAGCUACCAGAGGUUUCCAUAAACUCCGUUGGAGUCGAUAGUGAUGAAAAUCCUCCCUUAUUAUUUAAAAACUCGGAUGGAAAGAUAGAACCUAUAAAUUCUUCCACCAGCUGUUAUUCUGAACGAAGAAAUAGAAGUCUAAAUGAAGAUCCAAUAAAACCCAUUAGUAAAUCUAGCAUUAGGAAAUCUAUUGAGAAUAUUCAUGAUGAAAUUAGAUCUGAUAUAUUCAAAGAAUCUAAAAAGUCUGAAUCAACUGUUUCUAGCUCUUUAAGUAGUAAUAUUUCCCCUCCAAUUACUCAUCAGUCCGUUUAUGAUCUAGUGGAAAGUGUUAGAAUUAACACUCAACUUUCACAUGAGAUGUCCAGAAUUGCCAUGGUUACUGUAGUUCAAGGAUUACAUGAGUUACUUCCUGCUUCCGUAUUUCCAUAUCUGAGUACAAUUUUAUCUCAUUCACAAGCUUCCUUAGUGGAUGAUGUUCAAAUAGACCAAACUCAUGAUGCUAGUCGCUUGAAAAUCAUUUUCAACGAAUUAACUUCCUGCAAGGAAGAUGCUCAACAAAGAAGUUGGAUGUUACAUGAGGAUGAAGAUGUUAUUAAGGAGUAUAUCAUUGAGAUGAUUUCAAUUCUGUCCAAUGCAGAUGCAAGCAUAUCUAGACAUGUAAUAUCUUCUGACCAAUAUCAUGUUAUUACCACUCUAAUUCAGUAUUAUCAAAUGGAAACAAGAUGGUCUAUUAGGCAAUUAUUAUUACAAGCAUUUGGAGUUUUAUGUAGUUUAGAUAAAACUGUUAUUACUAUUAUGUUAAAUUCUGUAUUACCCAGUGAACUCGCUAGGGAUAUCAUGUCAAAUCCAAGAAACAUUCCAAAACUAAAUUAUUCGUCUUUACUAUUAACAAUGGUAUUUUCAAUGGGAGAACCAAUGCCUGUGACUCAUAAUGAUUUUUUGGGAAAAAGAUUCCUUUCAUUCAUUCUUGAUAACAUCGAAUAUCCUCCAGAUACAGAUUUAGAAGAGCAGAUACCUGAUUUAUUUUUGAAUCUAAUAAUCUCCUUUAACCUCCAAUUUUCUGAAGAAAAUGAGAAUCCCGUGUUGGCAGCUUUAGAGGAAAGGGAUGUAGCUAAAACAUUUACAGAAAAAAUAUUGUUACUUAUUAAUAGAGAAGAGGAUCCUGUAAGAAUAUUUGACCACGAACCAGCACCGCCUCAUUCGCUUCUGAAAUUAUUCAACGACUUAUUCAGUCGUAGGUCCACAUCUGAUUUAUUUUAUACUAAUGACAUCAAAGUUCUUAUUGACAUAAUAGUUAGAAAUAUUUCUGAUUUAUCUACAGGGGAUAUGAGAAGGAGAUUGUAUUUGGAACUUUGCCGUAGAGUAAUGCGAAACACAAAUUACGAAGAACACCAACACAAAGUUGACGAAAUCUUGAAAUGUUUCACUAGAAUAUUUUGCGAAGAGAGCGAGACGAGUAAAUUCGAUCAAAAGUUAGUCAAAGAAAUAUCAAAUGAAUUUCCUCAUCUAUUCAAGUAAACCAACUUCAUAAGUACGUUGGCUGUUUAUUUAUAUGUGAUAUUUUUCCAAUUUAAUUUUUUUUUAUAUCAAAACGUUUUUAAAUUUUUUUACUUUAUUGUAGUUUUAAUUUUGGGUGUUUGUAGGAUAGUAAAGGGUGCCAUAUAUUGCUUAGAUAUAUAUCUCAAAACAAAAAGGGGAAAACUCUUAUUCUUCUUAUAAAUUUAUCUAAUUAAAAAAUUAUGAAGGAAAGGGAAGAAUAUUUAAAGUCAUCUUUGAGUCUUAUUAAUGACCUGAUUGUUUUUUUAUUACAUAUAAAUAUGUAUAUUACAUCAUAUGAGAUGUGUAGAAUGGUUUUGUAUGAGAAAUAUUUCAUUUUCUGUCUUGAAAAUAUUUUAAAUGGUUUGCUUUACAGUUUGUACUUAUAUUGAAAAGAUUCUUAUUUUACCUUUGUAGAGGUUAUAUAACAGUAUAAUGAAGUACAAAUUUAUUUUUGAGAAACAAUUUUUUGCUUCUAUAUAGCUUGGUAAGAACUUUUCCAACAAACAGUUUUUUUUAAUCCUUUCUUAGGUCAGCUGGCCAAUUUAUUUUCAGUCUUCUUGUGUUUUUGGGUUCUAGGAAGCUUUGAAGUAAUACAUUGAUGUAGUUUUAAAUUUAUUAUGGUGUUUCAUACUUCGGUUAAGGAUUUCUCCUUCUGUAUAGGGAAAAAGUGUUUUUCAGUCAUUUGUUAGGUUAGCUGGCCAAUUUCUUUUCCAGUUUUCUUGUUUUUAUGGGCUCUAAGAAGUUUUGAAGUAAUACAUUGAUGUAAUUUUCAAAUUUAUUGUGGUGUUUUAUACUUCGGUGAAGGAUUUCUUCUUCUGUAUAAGGGAAAAGUCUUUUUCAACCAUAACUCUUUUUGAAUCUUCUUUGUGUUUUUGGAUUCUAGGAGGCAAUGAAGUAAUGCAAUUUGCUACUUCUCGAAAUCUAAUGCCUUUGGUUGCAACGUACCCAGCCUGCCAGUACAUUCACCAUUUGAAGUGUUGAUUAUCAUGAGAUUUUGUUGCAUGUUGUUUAAUAAAAUUCGUAAGUAGAGAUAAUGUUGCAAAUAUUUCAUCAAUUGAUGGAUUAAUAGUAUUAACCAAUAUUUGGUUAGCUUUUCCUCUUUUUAAAUAAUAUAAAAAAUAUUUUAACUGUCAAGUUACCAAAAUAUAUUGCUAUAAUACAAACACUCAUCUGCGGCCUAGAAUUUGAGGUAUGCACUAAUUUCAAAGUUACCGUUCAAUGAUAUAAUGGGAAAUAUUUUAUUUUUAUUGAAAGCACUCAAUUGUUUAUUCAUAUAUUGUUGCACAUUACUUGCCAUACGAUAUAUUUUUAGAAUUUUUGCACUAUAAAUAAAACUAUGUAAUAACUCAACAGUAUCACAGUACAUUGUACUUAUUGAAGGAGUUGUUAUAUGAUUUUUUAUGCUUUUCAAAGGUACAAAUUAAAAAGAAAAUAUUAAUAUUUUACAUCUAUAUUUAAUAAAUAUUAUGUAAAUAGCAUGUAAUUAAAAUAAAUAUUUUUCAAUGUAACUCAAAUUAGAGUUAUGUUUACAGUUAUAUAAAUAAAAAUGUCGGUAACAAAAAAAA